GAAAUUGGGAUAUCUGCUAGUUAGCGACUUCUCUGGCACCUACAGCAAUCUUAGAUCGCUCUGCGGUUGUUUGCAGUGUUAAAAGCCAUAUCGGGUCUAUUUCGUUCACUUUUGAAUAAGGGGGAAAGAGGGAGAAAAGAAAGCUGAGACAUGGAUCUGAGUUCAGGAAUUCAGAAGAUGUCUAUUAGCCAGCAACAAUCAGGAAGAGGCGUGCCUUGCUUAAGAUGUAGAGGAACGUGCACAGGCUUUGAGCCACAUUCCUGGAGGAAAAUAUGCAAGUCAUGCAAAUGCAGCCAGGAAGAUCACAGCCUUAGCUCUGAUGCAGAAGACGAUCGGAAAAUUGGCCGCUUGCUCUCCGAUUCAAACUAUUCCUCACUAACUGCUCGGGUGAAAGGAGGUGAUGGUGUUCGCAUCUAUAAAAGGAACCGCAUGAUUAUCACCAAUCCUAUAGUGUCCCGGAAAGAUCCAACUUUUGAUACUGUUACAUAUGAAUGGGCACCCCCUGGACUCACUCAAAAACUGGCUACCCAGUACAUGGAACUGAUUUCAAAAGAAAUGCAACCGGUGGCUGGUACAGAAGGAGCUUAUUAUCGACGCAGGAGGAUGAUGAGACAGCUUCCUAUUUAUGACCAGGACCCUUCCCACUGCCGUGGCCUUUCUGAGAAUGAAAUAAAGCUAAUGGAAGAUUUCGUAAAACAGUAUAAAAGUGAGGCUCUUGGAGUUGGAGAAGUUGCUCUGCCAGGUCAAGGAGGCACCACCAAAGAUGAAGGGAAACAGCAGGAAAAAAAUGUCCCUGCAAACAAGGAAGCAGUUUCAGCCAAUGGAACGCUGGCUAAUGCUACCAAGGGGCAGGAAUAUUUUUGUGACCUUUGCAAGCAUCCGCUGCCCAUGGAAUGUCCUGUGGUCUAUGCUAACAGAGCAGGCUAUGAUCGCCAGUGGCAUCCUGCAUGCUUUGUGUGCUCCAAGUGCUCUGAACCUCUCGUUGAUCUAAUCUACUUCUGGAACAAUAGGGCCAUCUGGUGUGGGCGCCAUUACUGCGAGAACAUCAGGCCACGCUGUGCAGCCUGUGAUGAGAUCAUAUUUUCUGAGGAUUACCAGCAAGCUGAAGGCCUCACCUGGCACAAAAAACACUUUGCCUGCUUGGAGUGUGAGAUGCUGCUUUCUGGCAAACCCUUCAUCCUGGACGCUGCCAACCUGCUGUGUACAACUUGCAGUAAAAACAAACAACUUUAAACGGGAUGUGUAUUUUCAGAACCCAAAGUCUGUUUUCUGACUCAAACCACAUGUGAUUUAAUGGGACAGAAAAUGGUAGGGAGGGGGCAUAGGAGAAGGAAGUCACUGAGUGUUGAGUUCAGACGUUUUUGGCUAUUCACAAGCAUGAAUUUAUAAGAAACUGGAAGAAGAAUGAUCACAUAGUAGGAAACAUGCUGUAUGUGAAGUCUGGAAAAUGGAAUGUUCUGUCCUUUUUUAGAGCUAUUAAGUAGAACCUAGGAGCACUAGGCGCCACUGUGCUCAAUUACAGAGGCAACAUGUUCGGGGAGGGGGGGAAGCUAAACUAGGCUGUCUAAAACCAUUCAGAAUUCUUAAUUCUGCUAUCAAAUCUUGUUCCUUAUUAAAGCGUUAUAUCUGCAGAUUACUCCAUGCAAACUAGUAACUUGAAUGGACUAAUUGCUUAGGGAUCAUCUAGGUGAACAAAACAUAUCUAACCCUGAAGUCUGAGGGAUUCUCCCUUCUUUGUUACAAUAAGUUGCUUCUCUCACCUUUUGUUAACACAUGAUCACAAUUUGAGUACAGGUAGACUGGCAUAGUAAUCUCUUUUAACAUCUGAAAACACUGCAAGAAUAGCUUGCACAGGCUAAUUGGAAACAGUGUGGGCUGCACACAGCAUAUAAAAAUUGUAGCUAUGGCUACAGUCAAAGCUAUGACUACAGUCAUAAUUGGCUUUCCCGGGAUAGAUUUUGUUAUUCCUUUCACAAUGUUUUUGAUCUAGAUAUCAUGCAUAAUAUUAUCCAUUUUUCUUAUCAAAUCCACUCAACCUAUCUAAAAAAUAUUUUCUAAUUUGUCCCUGGCCUCGUAUCACAAUGUCAUGGUUCAUAAUUUUUAAAAUGUUCCACAUGCAAGAGAUCAUCACAGUUGUAUGGAGAAAGAAAUUAAACCUGAUCUUCAGAAGCUCUAGUUUCUCCUGUGACCUGGUCCUUCCAGAGAUUAGGCAUUGGUAUGACCUUGCUAGCUUACCCCCCAUGUGUUUACAAGAUUCACAUGCAGGAUGUUUAGAUAUCUGAACCAGGGCUGUGUUCCCAUUAAGUAUACAGGGAACGACAAGAAACUGUUCUUAUUUACAGCGCUCAACAUAAAUCCAUGUGGGAUUCUUGUCCACCUAAACUCUGAAAGCACCAUGGCAACAAAGUACUUUGACCUUAAAAUAGUUGUAUUCAUAAUACUCCAACAAGUAAGCAUUGGCUUGUCUGAUAAGAAUGUAUUGAAUUUUUAAAAAGUCCAGCCUGUUUCCUGCUCUUUCUCAUGUGAUUAGUAGCAAGACUUAUGUUUAUAUCACGUUUUGAGAUUGCUGUUUUAAGCCUAUUUAUAGUGGAUAAUCUACAAAGUCUUCAUGAAUUACAGAAACUGUACUGUGUUGCAACUUGCUAACUCUAAAUGGUGUUUGGUUCUGCCACCUAGCAACAAUAACCUGUGACUAUAUACUACUUUAAUAAUACAACAGGAACCAAAAUUACUUGACAUGGAGAACUGGAAAACAAUGUUGAUUUAGAAAUAUAGUAUGUUUACCAUAAUUGAUUAAACAUUCACUCAACAAACUUAUUUUGCUUAAAGAAUAGACAGUGAAAACUUGGAGCUCAUUGGAUUGUGGAUGUUCAUCUUAGGAGCAAUAGAACAUUCAAGAUGUAUUUUAAAAACCUCAAAGAAUUUAUUUUUCAUAUGCUGAGUGUAAUGUCUCAACAUUUUCUUUUUUUAGGCAUAGAAAGCUCAAAUGCAAGUACUCAGAAAAGAGGAAUAUCCAGUAGUUUAGCUGCAUUAUAUUGUAAUAUAUAAAAUCAUUAGUACUGGCUGUGACAAAUUAUAGCAGGAUUACUAGUGUAUUCAAUUGGUUGUAUGGAAGUCAAAUAUAUUGCAAGCCAAUGGGACUACAUGUAGCUAUUUUCUCAGUUCACUAUGGGAGUUGUCCUGAGACAGAAUCAAUAUAGCUCCAUGUUGUGUUGAGAUAAAUAGCUUGGUUUUUGAAUUAUAUUGGGCUAUCUCCCCUGUCUAAAAGCCCAACAUCUCAGACUACAUAAUACUCUUCCAAAUGCCACAAGAACCAAAACAUUCUUCCUGUAUGGUUAUACAGUCGUCAGUUCAGAUCUCUUAAAUUAUGCCAGUGAACAUGGAGCUUCUGUCUAGUGCACAGUGCUAGACAACUUUGCAAAUCUGGUAGACCAGUCAGCCAUUUUAAUAGGGGGAAGUCCUUGCAUACAAGAGUUCCACAUAUAUAUUGAAACUUCAGCUUAGCUAUGAAAGGUGAAGGUUAAGUGCUGCCACCAUUCAGAUUAUCCAUUAUCAGUAAUAAGAGGACUGUACCACACUAAUUCACAUUCAGCAGAAAGGGCAGAUCAGGUACAUGUAUCUUACCUGCACCUCUGUACAAGCUAUACAAACUUUUUUCAUGUUCCUCAAUUCACUGGUGUUUUUGCUAGAGAAAGACCUGCUGGAUUGUACUCUAAGGUUACAUACCUAAAGGCUUGUUAUGGAUAAAUUUAAUUGACUCCACUGGCCACAUUUACAAGCAUAUGAAAAACUGCAGCAAAAAUGCAUAAUUCGGUAAGUCAAUAGUGUAUAUGGAAAUUGUCUUCCCAAGAGACAUUUGCUCUCAAAUAGCCCUUCUUAUCAGGUGAUCACUGAUAGAACAGAAUAGAAUUUAAUAAAUAGAAUUUACAAGUGUGGGACCCGCAAGGACUUGCCGGGGGGGGGCAUCUCAUGUUCCUCUCCCGCAUCAUGUCCUCUUUCCCUCCCCUGUUCCUCUCACCCCUUUUCUGCUUCUUUCUCUCCUUCCCACCUGCCUUUGUCUGUCC